AUGGCUCAUCAACUCACAGCUCCGGUGAAGACGAUCCAUGGUGUCAAGCUCGCCACAACAGACCCAGAAUCCACCUGGGACAUCACCAUUGAAUACCAUCCAGGCUCUCUACAAGGAAUAAUAUCGUCUAUAGACCCAAGCAAUUCCUCCUUCAGCACCGUGUCUUCUCCUUCACCUCUCGCCCUUCCCGCCCUCGUACACCCUCACGUCCAUCUCGACAAAGCCUACAUUCACAACAGCCCCUCUUGUAGCCAUCUCCUCCCCUCAACCGGUUCAUUUCAAGAAGCCCUGACCACCACAACCGCAGCAAAAGGGUCGUUCACAAAGCCCGACCUCCUGAAACGCGGCGAAUGGCUGCUCGCCGACUCCGUUGCCUCUGGCGUGACCGCCAUGCGCGCCUUCGUCGAAGUCGACCAUACAGUCCAACAUACCUGCCUCGAUGCCGGGAUCACCCUUAAGCAGAGGUGGCAUGAGGCGUGCAAUAUCCAGCUUGUCUGCUUUGCGCAGGAUCCUAUCUUCUCGACGGAGCAUGGGGAUGAGAAUAGGCGGCAAAUUGAAGACGCUAUUCGGGACCAUGGAUCAGACGAACUAGCAGUUCUGGGUACGACGCCGUACGUUGAAACAAGCACUGAAGCCUCGAAACGGAAUAUCGAGUGGGCGGUCGAUCUGGCCCUGCAACACGAUCGGCAUCUCGACUUUCAUCUUGACUAUAACCUCGCGCACCCAGAGGAAGAGCCUGCACCGCUCGUCUGGCAUGUCCUGCGUACCCUACGCGCGAGAGGUUGGACGUCCCGGACGACGAAUAAACGCAUCAUGCUUGGUCAUUGCACGCGGCUCUCACUCUUCAUAAAAGAAGACUGGGGUCGUCUUGCGCACGAGAUCCUCGACAACGAUCUCCCGGUCAAUUUCGUCGGUCUUCCAACUAGUGAUCUAUACAUGGCUGCCGCACCCAACGAUCCUGGGAAGUCCAAUCCAAGGGGUACUCUGCCAAUCCCCUCAAUGAUCAAAAAUCACAGCCUUGAUGCUGUGAUCGGCGUGAAUAACGUCGGAAACGCAUUUACACCUUGGGGUUCCGCGGACCCGCUAAGUCUCGCUUGUCUAGGCGUGGGUGUAUAUCAAGCCGGGACGGUGAGUGACGCGGAGUUGUUGUACGAAUGCAUAUCUACACGUGCCCGAGCUGCUAUUGGACUUGCGUCGUCUAAUUUUGAUCCUUUCCCUGAUUCCAAACCUGGGGUGCGUCUGAAAUGCGGAGACUGUGCCGAUCUUCUGCUUUUGUACGACGUGGACGAUACUGGGCUUAUGGGCGCCGGUGAAGCACGGGCUCGGAAGAGUGUAGCGGAGGUUGUUUGGGACCCCCCUGCGAGGACGAGUAGAGCGGUUGUGUCGAGGGGUCGUGCGAAGAUGCCUGCGCUGACGAAGGGUUACGAGACUACGUUUCGGUACAUAAAGUAG